UAUCUGCUUUUUCUACUGCAAAGAAUGACUUUAAAAAGACUCAUGAUUUAACAAAUCAUCUUAACAGAAAAUUUAAAUAUAAGCAAACCCAAAUACCUAACCUAGUUCAUCCACCUAACCCUAAUAUAUCUAAACCUCAAUUACUAGCAUCUAAUCCUCUAUCUUCUCUAGUCUAUAUUUGUGAAAAGGAAGAAUCCAAAAGAGGCCAAACAAUGUAUUUAUCUAUAGAGGAUUUGGCUAACUGGCUUGUGAAUCCUAAGAUAAAAAAUAAUCUAACUAUUAUUAAUAAAAAGGUCCCAAAAACAGAUAUAGAAUGGUUUGAUUUAAUAGAAAAGUCUUCUAGUAAAUAG